CGUAUACAUGAACCCGUUGGUGUAAAAUAUACGAUCGUUUUCGAUACAAACUAACUUCAAUUGUUUCAAGUCACGUUUUUAGAAGUUAACUUUCUAAUUGAGUAGAAAAAAAUUGAAAAAUGUCAAAUGCCCGCGUAAGCCACGAACACAUAAUAUAUUGACGGAUGCUAUUUUCUGCGUAUUUUGUGAUCAAGAAAUAUUCGUUUACAUCAUAAUUACGGAAAUAUAUAACAUGGCAAAUUUCACGGAGCGUCAUCAAAUAAUGACAUUACUCGGCGAUAGAUCGCUACAAUCAUAAAAUAACCUAAAGUAUGUCCACGGUACCGGAAAACGAUGAGAAGAAAGGGGUUAUAGAGGGAAGUUCAACGAGAAAUGCUUCAACCAUCGAGACUCCCGAAGAUGACGGUAAAGCGAACCGGAAGCCCACGGUGUUGGAAUCUCACGGUUAUGCACUCGGAAGAACCAUCGGAGCUGGCUCGUACGCAACCGUCAAAGUCGCAAAAUCCAAUCGUCACGAGUGUCAGGUGGCCGUGAAAAUAGUAUCCAAGUUUCAAGCGCCGGAGGAUUAUCUGAGAAAAUUUUUACCCCGUGAAAUUGAAGUCGUGAAAGGUCUAAAGCAUCCUCACUUGAUACGUUUUUUGCAAGCGAUCGAAACGACUCAUCGCGUUUACAUCAUCAUGGAAUUCGCUGUUAAUGGAAGUUUGCUCGAUAUUAUUUGUCGCGACACUUUUAUCGAUGAAUCGAGAAGUCGACGUUGGUUCCGACAACUCACCGACGCGGUUGAUUAUUGUCACGAGCGUGGCGUUGUUCACAGGGAUAUCAAAUGUGAAAACCUCUUGAUGGACCAAGAAUACAACAUAAAAUUGUCCGAUUUUGGAUUCGCAAGAGGACAAAUGAAACCAAAAAAUGGGGUUGUUAUUUUGAGCGAAACCUUUUGCGGGAGUUACGCUUACGCCUCGCCCGAAAUUCUACGGGGUAUUCCAUACCAGCCACAAUUGUCAGACGCUUGGUCUUUGGGGGUCGUUCUUUACGCCAUGGUUUACGGCUGUUUACCCUUCGACGAUACCAACUUUGCACACCUACUAAAGCAAGUUCAAAGUAAGGUGACAUUCCCGAAAGCCCCUAAAAUAUCGAGCGAAUGUCGUUCCCUAAUAAUGCGGAUAUUGAUGCCCCAAAAGACUCGCAUUAAAAUCGCGGACAUACGUUCAGAUCCAUGGCUAGCUGUGCCCGUCUCCGAGGCUGAAACUUCAACUACCGAAAAAUCUUUGGAAAACGUGGAUGCCGGAACGAUGAUUGCAAAAGAAUUGAGAGUCUUCAAUCCCCAGAUUAUAGUUGCGAGUCCACCUUUGUUGCCCGAAACAGAAAAAAUGUCGGCCAAGAAACCCCGGAAUAUUGAUCCCUCGAGUUUAUACGAGCCAGAGUCAAGUCCCGAAGAAUCGACUGAGAUUUCCCCGUUAAACGUCACCGUAGACGACAGUUCGCCGAGCACGACUCGAUUAAAUCGUUCGAUUGAUAACUAGAGUUAAUAAAAAGAAAAUCUUUCUUUAAUUUAUUCGAUCGAAUAUGACACGAAAUGAGGCACGAGGCUUUUUUCUCAUCUGUUUUUAUUAUUCAAUCGGUUAAAUGCAUUUUUUAAAAAAACUCUGGAAGAAACGCGUUCGCGUUG